ACGGCUACUGUCCUUAUCCUCUUACUUCAUCUAGCCGGAGAGACAAAAUGGAAGCUCUGAUAGCCUCAUACGGCGACGCAUCAUCAGAUUCCGACUCGGAUACUGCUCUUCCAACAACGGCAACCACCGAACUUGUCCCGAUUUCAAAUGCGCAAGCGGAAAUUGUAGCUUUGCCACCUCCUCCUAUAUCACUUCUCACUCCUCCUAAUUCUAUCGGGGCCUUGGAUUACUUGCAAGCUGGCCAGUCAAGCCGACUGAGGAGCUUUCCCCACGUUGAAGGCAACUAUGCUUUGCACGUUUACAUCCCAGUUUAUAUACCGCCUGCAUCAAAGAAGGAGAUAGUCCGCUUUUUGAAGAGGGUAUCAUCCCUUGUGUCUGGUCUUCAUGUUGUGGAUGCUGAUGUUCCACUUGACAUUCUGUGCAAGGAUGAUCAGAAGCUUGAACAAGUAGCAUUAGGAAGAGAGUUCCACAUUAGUUUGGGAAGAACUGUUCCGAUUAGAGUGCAUCAGAUUGAUUCCGUGAUUACAAUGCUUCACCAGAGGCUUCAGUUUCAGAAAAGAUAUUGGAUUGAUUUUAGUAAGUGGGCGGUUUUUGUCAAUGAUGAUCAGACUCGCUCUUUCCUUUCAAUAGAAGUUGUUACAGGAGGAUUGACUGAGAUUACUAAGCAAAUUCAAUCUGUUAACGAGGUUUAUAAGCUCCACAAUCUUCCUGAAUUUUAUAAGGAUCCACGCCCUCAUAUAUCACUGGCUUGGGCAUUGGGGGACAUAAGUGAUUCCUUAAAGAGAGUGGUUGAAGAAGAAAUAAAGAGGCCAGGCAUUGGGGGUUCAGUACAGAAACGUAUAUUUACUUGUAAAUUCAGUGGCAUUGACUGUAGGAUUGGUAAUAAAACAUAUAAAAUUUGUAAAUUUUAUGAUGAAUAAUAAAAAGUCGACAAGAUUCAGUUUGCAAUUA